GCUUCGCUCUCUUCACUCCGCCUCGCGCUCCCUCUCCGCGUGAAACAAAGUGUAGAGUCCGCGAGAGCCCGCAGGAAUCAAAAAAGCGAGGAUAAGGACUGAAUAAUGGAGCCACAACAACAGAGGGAAUAAUAAGAACCUAGAAACGAAAAAGACCGAGACGACUGAAGAAAGUUGGACCGAGCAAAACUUUUCACGGGAGGAAAACACUCACCUAAAGCCAUGGAUACACUUUUCUCUGUAUUCCUGGGAGUUGCGAUUCUCUCGUCUAGAGUUGGCUCCGUCUCUGCUCAGUUACCGACAGCUCACUUGGGGCGCGCAGAAAAGGGAAGCUGUACAUUUGAUGAAGGCUUCUCUCAGUGCGAUUACCAACAAGACCCUUAUGACGACUUUGACUGGGCGCACAUCAACACGCAAGAAGUGCCAUACGUCUCACCAGAUCUGCCACAAGGUUCCUACAUGUAUGUGGACGUUUCUCAGUAUGAUGUCGGGGAGAAGGCCCGGUUUCAGCUGCCAGUCAUGAAAGAGAAUGACACACAUUGUAUUGACUUCAACUAUCUCCUGAUAAGCCCUGAUGGCUCCAGCCCAGGAACUCUUAACAUCCUGGUGAAGGUGAAUAAAGGUCCUUUGGCAAACCCUAUAUGGAAUGUGACAUCCUACACUGGUAAAGGCUGGCUGAAAGCUGAACUUGCUGUGUCCACCUUCUGGCCUAAUGAAUACCAGGUUAUAUUUGAAGCAGAGGUGUCGGACAGCAAAGCCGGCUUCAUCGCCAUAGAUGACAUUCAGGUGCUCAGCUAUCCGUGCGACAAGUCCCCUCAUUUCCUUCGUCUUGGGGAUGUUGAGGUGAAUGCUGGGCAAAACGCCACAUUUCAGUGUAUCGCCACAGGAAGAGACACAUCAAACAAUAAACUGUGGUUACAGAGGAGAAAUGGAGAAGAUAUUCCUGUGGCUCAGACCAAAAACAUCAACCACAGACGGUUUGCCGCCUCCUUCCACCUCAAAGAAGUCUCUAAUCAGGAUCAAGAUUUGUAUCGCUGCGUCACCCAGUCAGAGCGUGGCUCCGGGGUGUCUAACUUUGCAGGUCUUAUUGUGAGAGAGCCCCCACACCCGAUAGCUCCACCCCAGCUGUUAGGCGUCGGCCCGACGUACCUACUGAUUCAGCUCAAUGCCAACUCCAUAUUUGGUGAUGGACCUAUUAUACUUAAAGAGGUUGAAUACCGGAUGACAUCAGGCACCUGGACUGAGACUCAUGCUGUGAAUUCUCCCAACUACAAGUUAUGGCACCUAGAUCCAGAUACAGAAUAUGAGAUCAGAGUUUUACUAACGAGACCAGGUGAGGGAGGGACCGGAAAAGCAGGACCAGCUCUCAUUACUCGGACAAAAUGUGCAGAGCCAAUGCGUACACCCAAGAGGCUGAAGAUUGCUGAGACCAGAGCUCGUUUGAUUGCGGUGGACUGGGAGUCCUUGGGUUACAACAUCACUCGCUGUCACACAUUUAAUGUCACCAUUUGCUACCAUUACAUGACUGCCAACAACCGCAGCAAAGCCGACUGCUUGGAUAUGGAUCCUAAAGCACCACGUCACCUGGUGGGAAACCUGCCCCCUUACACUAAUGUCAGCCUGAAGAUGAUCCUGACCAAUCCAGAGGGAAGGAAGGAGAGUGAUGAAACUAUCAUUCAGACCGAUGAAGAUGUUCCAGGUCAUGUUCCCAGUCAGUCACUUAGAGCCACUCCAUCUGAAGAGACAAUAAGCCUUAGCUGGAAGGAACCCACUGAGCCCAAUGGAGUUAUAACCCAAUAUGAGAUCAGCUACAUUGGCGUACGCUCGUUUGACCCUUCAGUGCCUCUUCAGCGGCCGGGAGUGACGGUGUCAUUACCUUCAAAUGCCACCCAUUACACAUUUGCCCAGCUCCACCCAGGUGUUACAUAUCACCUCACUAUACGAGCAUCAACAUCAAAAGGUUUUGGUCCUGCAUCCACACUUAAUGUGACCACGAAUAUCUCAGCCCCUACAAUAGAUGAGUAUGAUGUGUCAGAAGCAUUUCUUAAUGAAACUGCAACAACGAUCACUGUCCUGCUCAAACCCGCACAAGCUAAGGGUGCACCUAUAAGUGCAUACCAGAUUGUGGUGGAGGAAGUUAACCCUCAGCGGUCACGUCGACAGGCUUCCUCUGAUUGUUACGAGGUUCCAGUUUCCUACCACAGUGCAUCAAGUGGUGGUUCUCCAUAUUAUUAUGCUGCCCAGCUUUCCCCCAGCAACCUACCAGAGCCUCUCCCCUUUACUGUUGGAGACAACAAGACAUACCAGGGUUUCUGGAAUCCUCCAUUGGCUCCAAGGAAGAACUACAACAUCUACCUUCAAGCAGUCAGCAGCACUGAAAGGGAAACUAAAACACAGUGCUUGAGGCUGGCAGCUAAACAUGCGACAGAGGAACCUGAAGUCAUCCCGGACCCUGCCAAACAGACAGACCGAGUGGUGAAAAUAGCUGGAAUAAGUGCUGGUGUUCUUGUCUUCAUUCUGCUGGUGCUGGUGGCCAUCCUGCUGGUCAAGAAAAGGAGGACCUACUAUUCAUACUCUUAUUACCUGAAGCUGGCUAAAAAACGAAAGGAUGCCAUCGGAACAGCAAGGCAGGAAAUGACACACAUGGUGAAUGCAAUGGACCGCAGCUAUGCUGAUCAGAGCACUCUGCAUGGAGAGGACCCAAUGGCUGUGACAUUCAUGGACUCCCACAACUACAACAACAGAUUGCCCAACGAUCCUCUGGUUCCCACUGCAGUGUUAGUUCCAAUCACAGAUGAAAACCACAGUGCCUCUGCAGCAGAGAACAGCCGGCUGCUGGAUGUUCCUCGCUAUCACUGUGAAGGGACAGAGUCUCCUUAUCAGACAGGACAGCUGCACCCUGCCAUUAGAGUGGCUGACCUUCUGCAGCACAUCAACCUCAUGAAAACAUCAGACAGCUACGGCUUCAAGGAAGAAUAUGAAAGCUUCUUUGAGGGCCAGUCAGCCACCUGGGAUGUGGCAAAGAAAGAGCAGAAUCGCACCAAAAAUCGUUAUGGGAACAUUAUAGCUUAUGAUCAUUCAAGGGUUAUUCUUCAGCCCAUAGAGGACGACCCAUCCUCCGACUACAUCAACGCCAACUACAUCGAUGUAAGUGGAAACACAUCGAAUGCUACUAUUGGCUCCCAACGAAACCAACGAAACCACACCCCCUCGCUCAUUUGGCUGUACAGGGAUGGGUAUCAAAGACCAAGCCACUACAUAGCUACUCAAGGUCCUGUUCAUGAGACGGUCUAUGAUUUCUGGAGGAUGGUGUGGCAGGAACAGUCAGCUUGCAUUGUCAUGGUAACCAAUCUGGUUGAAGUUGGAAGGGUAAAGUGUUAUAAGUACUGGCCAGAUGAUGCUGAGGUCUACGGGGACUUUAAGGUGACUUUUGUUGAAGUGGAACCUCUGGCUGAAUAUGUGGUCCGCACAUUUACACUGGAGAGGCGUGGUUUCAAUGAGGUGCGAGAGGUCAAGCAAUUCCACUUCACUGGCUGGCCUGACCAUGGCGUUCCAUAUCACGCCACUGGACUACUUUCUUUCAUCCGUCGAGUCAAAAUGUCCAACCCUCCGUCCGCUGGGCCAAUAGUUGUUCACUGCAGUGCUGGAGCAGGACGCACAGGCUGCUUCAUUGUGAUUGACAUCAUGUUGGACAUGGCAGAGAGAGAAGGAGUCGUCGACAUCUACAACUGUGUAAAAGCUCUCCGCUCCAGGAGGAUCAACAUGGUACAGACUGAGGAGCAGUACAUAUUUAUCCAUGAUGCCAUCCUGGAAGCUUGUUUAUGUGGAGAGACAGCAAUACCAGUCUGUGAGUUCAAAGCAGCAUAUUAUGAGCUGAUCCGCAUCGACUCCCAGACCAACUCGUCCCACCUGAAGGAUGAGUUCCAGACAUUAAACUCAGUGACUCCCCAGCCUCAGCCAGAAGACUGCAGCAUUGCACUGUUGCCUAGAAACCAAGAUAAGAACCGCUUUAUGGAUGGCCUUCCUCCUGAUAGAUGCCUGCCCUUUCUCAUCACAAUAGAUGGAGAAAGCAGCAAUUACAUCAAUGCUGCUUUGAUGGAUCUGUCAGAAGAGUUCCAGAGCUACCGACAGCCAGCUGCAUUCAUUGUUACCCAGCAUCCUUUGCCCAAUACUGUUAAAGACUUUUGGCGACUAGUUUAUGACUAUGGAUGUACCAGUCUGGUGAUGCUGAACGAGAUCGACUUGGCUCAGGGUUGUCCUCAGUACUGGCCAGAAGAGGGCAUGCUGCGUUAUGGUCCAGUCCAGGUAGAGUGCAUGUCCUGCUCGAUGGACUGCGAUGUCAUUAGCAGACUCUUCAGAGUCUGUAACCUAACCAGGCCUCAGGAAGGAUACCUAAUGGUUCGCCAGUUCCAGUACCUAGGUUGGGCAGGACACAGAGAGAUCCCAGCAUCCAAACGCUCCUUCCUGAAAUUGAUACUUCAGGUCGACCAGUGGCAGCGAGAGGGGGAGGAGGGAGAGGGAAGAACCGUUGUUCAUUGUCUAAAUGGAGGCGGGCGCAGUGGAGUGUUUUGUGCCAGUAGCAUUGUGUGUGAGAUGGCUAAGAGGCAGAAUGUGGUGGAUGUUUUCCAUGCAGUCAAGACUCUGAGGAACAGCAAGCCCAACAUGGUGGAUACUCCAGAACAAUAUCGGUUUUGUUACGACCUGGCUCUCGAGUUCAUUGAAUCAUCUUAAGCAGAGCAAAGAAGAUGAGAUGGAAGUGAAGGUCUUCUGCUCUCUCUUUGGGCUUGAUCCUUUGCCUUCGCUUGGCCCCGAUUCCCCUCUGUCUUGUUCUGUAGCAUCAAUUUUUUGGCUCAACAAAUGGUGCAAUUAAAGUCAGCUCUGUGUACAGUGUUGCUACAGCAAGGGAAACCUUGACCUCUAAGGAAGAGUGAGGUGAAGAGGACUGCAGCAAGAAAGAAGAUGUUUUGCUUUUAAUUCUUAAUGCUUAUUGUACAGCUUCUUUGAGUGCCAGCAGGCUCAUGUAUGUGUUUGAGCCCAAACCUAAAUGUCAAGCCUCUCGCCACAACCCCUUCGCACAGACUCGGAUGCUAGUGUUGUUUUAACACCUGCAGCUCUCAGUGUGAACUCUAGAUGUCUCUGUUCCUUUAGCAAGCUGUACUGUCCAACUGCACGUUAAAGUGGCGCCACAUUCCCAUUUUAAUGCUGAUUUCUAAGUAUUUCAUCAGUGUUCAGUGUCUCAUCAUGGUGAUGUUUUGAGUCAGUAAUUUUGUACAAGCAUGUUACAGCUAAGCAAAACUCUAUGGAUGCUUUUUGCUUAUUUCUAAGGCACUGUUAUGUUAUUGUCACGUCAUAGUAAAUUCUGUGGUUUAACAUCAUGAUCUUUUAGCAAUUUUGUUCCCGUUUUAAAUCAGUUACAUAUAACUGUUUGACAACAGAAUACGGAUGAAGACAAUUACCUUUGUAUUAAUAGAAGUUUACAAGAUUGUUUGUUUUUUGUUUUCUUAUCAUGUUCUAAUCUACUUAGUAUGAGAGCUGAAGUAUUUUUUUUGUACACCAAAUUGUAAAAUAAACCACUUUUCAUCACAGUUAUGUUUGUUUUAGGGCUGGGCCCAAUGCAUUUUCAAUCCAUCCAGUUCACAAACUGAACUUAACUAUAGAAAAACAUCUAAAAAGAAUUGAAUAAUCUAGAAAUAAUAAUCUCUUUCAGAAAACAGAUGUAUAGUUUUGUUUUUCUUUAGGGCCUGGAAUGAAUUGAAAGGGAACAGAGCCCAGGCUUCACUUGUUCUGUGCACUGGUGGCUUUUAAACACUUUUUGUUUUAAUUCUAUUAUUUUUGUAGCUGAUGUUUAUUCAUAAGCCAAAGACUUAGUGUAAAUAUGUCUAUAUGGAUAAAGCACAUUGUUUGUAUUUAUUGUUUGUUUAUUGCAUCGCUUGUAAGAACAAUCACUUUUCAUUCCAUGUUUACUCCACCACCAGCGUUUCUUAAACUUCUUAUGAGCAUGCUAAAUGGACUCCAUGUAGAAUCAUGGGAGUAAUGGUUGGAAUACUUGAGCCUGCAGUGGUUUGCUAUGUCAGAAAUGAAACCUGCUCAGUUUGAGUCCAUUAAAAAAAAAACCUGAUCGAAGCUGUAUAUUAAAGCUUUAGAAGUAGUCCUCAGUAUUUAGGUGGAAUCUAGUAGUCUUGUCUUUGUUUUCUUUUUUAAAAUCUUUGUAAAAUUACUGUUUUGUUUUUCUUCUGUGUAAAAGCCCAGUUUUUGGUUCUUGGUCAGUAAAAUAUUGGUGCAUUUUUUAUGUGCAAAGUAUUUUUGGUAAAUGGCUUGUAUCCCCUCUUAACGUCUUAAGUCGGGAUAAGCUGUUUAUCUACAUCCGCAUAUCCUGUUUAUUUAUCCCUGGAUAGAGGGAUGUAAACAGGCUUAGUUGACAAAACAAGGAGAUGUAAUACAUAUACAUUUGUUGUGCCUAAACAUUUGAAUUUCCACAUUGAAACAAGCAUUUUUAACCAUUGGCCUUGAGCAGGGCUUUGUUCAACCCUUUAUUAUAGAUGCUCAAUGUAUUCAGUUCUUGAACCAUUAUUCAUUGUGUUUAAUCCAUUAAAAUGCUUCUUUUGAGGCGUUUCCAGCUGACCUAUUAUAAGAUAUGUCUGUAUGUACACAGACUAAAACAAAAAGAAACUUUAUUGUAAAUAAAAUAUCAGAUGUUCAGCUCUGUUAUUAAAAAUAGACUAUCAUGAGUGCUCUAUUGUAUAAACAAUAGAGAUAGGAAUGGUGGACUCAAUUCAAGACAUUUGUUUUGUUGUAGAUUAAAAAAAAAUCACAGGUUGUAUUUCUGGAAUAUUUCAACCCACAACAGGUGGCGUUUCAAUACUAUAGUUUUCACUGAAGUAGCUUAUUCUGUUGUUGGAACAUUACAUUUAUUUUUUUUCCACAGAUUUUGAUCUGACCCAAAGGAGUUGUAUAAAAUUUAAAGGCAUAUUGAUUCAGAAUGCUUUCAGUUGGUGUUUUCAGAAAGUAUAAAGCUUAAUCGUUAGUUAUUGGAAAACAGAAAAAAUGUUGGAUGCAGUUUUUUUUUUUAUAAAGUUGUUCCUCUAAAGAGCAGAGAAAGAAGCUGAUGUCUGGAUGUACGGCCAGUCUACGUAUGACGUCAAUAUUCAUGGUUUAUAUUAUUCUUGUCUGUAAUGUUUGGCUUCUUUGCUGUAAUAGAAAAACAGUUCUUUGACUAAAA